AACUCUAAUAAGCACCAAACAUGGCGUCGCCGGAGCCGCAACAAAACCGAGGCGAUAAUAAAGAACCAUUAAAGAAAGCAGAUGAGGAAAUAAAGCCCGGUCUAAUUUCUUUCGGUUUUACCAAAAAGAUCAAUAAAACCAAAACUGAGACAGCAGAAGAGCGAGAUUUUUUAACUGGAGUCGAGGGGAAGGAACUAAAAAGCACCAAGCCGGUAGAGAAACCUAAAGAGCUCAUCAUUCCUCUGAUCCAGAAGAAUCGCUGGUACAGACACGAAGGGGUGAAGCAGGAGGAUGGGAAAGAAGCUCCAUCCUCUCCAUCCAAGCAGCAGGACUCUGUGGAGUCUCAGGCCAUUAAAGAGCUUAUUGAAGAGUCUCAGAAGCAGCAGGAGGAAUGGAAAAAUGGCCCACAGUGCGACCCGAACCUGGCCAUCCCGCUGCUCAUGCAGAACCACGUGCCGCAGGGCUUCGAGGACGGAGAACAAAUCAAAGUGGACCUCCGGCCCGAGUCGGUGAGUCAGGACCGGCAGGAGUACAUACAAGCGUCCACAGAGGCCGAUUACGAGCAGGUUCCGGUGGAGGCGUAUGGACUCGCCAUGCUGAAAGGAAUGGGCUGGAGGCAGGGAGAGGGCAUCGGCCGCACAUUCAAACAAGAUGUGAAACCUAUAGAACACCAGUUGAGACCUAAAGGCCUGGGUCUGGGAGCUGAUCGCUCUGCCAUCAAGGACCUGCAACCCUCUGGGCCCCGAAGACCCCCGAAACCCGGAGAACAGAGGGACAAAGAUGAUGAGGGCUUAGUGCUUGGGCCUGGAGGGUGUGUACUGGUCCAGACCGGGGCUCAUAAAGACCUCUAUGGGAAGAUAGAGGGGGUAGACACAGACAAUGCCAGAGUCAUGGUGAAACUUGCCAUCGGUGGAAAAUCGGUAACCAUCAGCCAGCACUCACUACGUCUGGUGCCUCGCAAAGAAUACGACAAAUACAGCAAAGACCUCAGUCGCCUCAGCAAAGCCCACAAAGAGAAAGAGAAGGAGAAAGAACGGGAAAAGGAAAGAGACAGAGAGAAAGAUGGAGCGCGCAACCAGCAGAGAGGAGAAGAGAAGCCGGACGGGAAAGACGAGCGGCGGAGAGAUCGGCACUCGGAGAGAGAGAAGGAACGAGAGAACGAGCGAGAGCGUGACCAGAGGAAGAGGAAGCAGAGGGAAACGGAUACGGACAGAGAGAAACCUCCUCCGAUGAAGGAGCCUCGCUCGUCUCCGCCUGCCUGGCUCCAGAGAGACCUCCGUGUGCGCUUCAUAGAUAAAACCUUUAAAGGAGGCAAAUACUACAACUCUAAGAUGAGAAUCGAGGACGUCAUCGCGUCGCACGUCUGCGUCUGUCGUACAGACGAAGGACGACUGCUGGACGAUGUCAAACAGACGAUGCUCGAGACCAUCGUGCCCAAAGGUGACGCAGACUCCAUUAUGGUGGUGCUGGGAGAACACCGAGGACAGGUAGGCCGCAUUCUAAAGCGUGAUAAGGAGAAAUGUAGGGCCAUGGUGCAGCUGGAGCGCUACGAGGAGAAGAUCUUCACUCUGGACUACGAUUCCCUCUGCCAUUACGUGGGAGAACGCUGACAAGCGCCUCAGAGACCAAGACGACCGCCUCCACUCGCGCCGGAGACGACUAGACUGUCCAAAACUAGAUUUAUUCACUCAGACAUGCUCCUUCGCAUGGAUCAUAUGAACACUGUUGCCCCCUCCAUGAGUCUGGGAUUUCACUUAUUGCUUAAUGUUCUUAAAGCUGCAUCCUGGUGGCUGGAGAGACCGCCGGAAACAUCUCUCACCUUGUCAACAUGUUGAAAACAGACUGUUUGUAGUAGAUAUGAGAUUUUUGUACAUGUGCCAUAAUCACUGCCAUGUUAGAUGUCUUUUUAUAAUAAAAGUGUACUAUAUUUAAGAGUGAUAAAAUACAUCUCAAUAUACCAGACACUUUAAUAGGAACACCUGUUCCAAUGCUCAUUCGUGUAAUUAUCUAAAUCAACCAAUCAUGUGCUGUCAAAUCCUCGGUCUGGGCGAGUCUGUCCCCACUGUAGCCUCGGAUUCAGGUAUUUGGCUGACAGGAGUGAAACCCAAUGUGGUCUUCUGCUGUUGUCUCCCAUCCACCUCAUGGUCCUGUGUAUUGAGAUGCUUUUCCGCUCACCACGGUUGUAAAGAGUUGCUGUAGCCUUCCCGAAAGCUUGAAGGGUUUCCACUCAGAGUUGCUGCUCAUUGGAUGUUUUUCACCCCUACACCAUUCUGCGCAAACGCUCGAGACUCGUGUGUGUGAAAAUCCCAGGACAUCAGCUGUUCGGAAAAUACUCAAACGCGCUGAGGUCAUAGUUUUUUUUCCCCCAUUCUGAUGUUCGAUGUGAAAAUUAACCAAAGCGCUUGACCUGUAUCUGCAUGCUUUUAUGUAUUGCACUGCUGCAACGUGAUUGGCUGAUCGGAAAAUUUAAUAAACGGGCAGGUACUUAGGUGUUCCUAUUAAAAGUGCCAAGUGAGUGAGUGCAUUUUUGCAAUUUGUAUCAUUUUGGGGAGUUUUUUUUUUUUUUUUUGCACAAUGAUAAACUGAGAAGUGGAAUGCCUCGCUUGGUACAACGCAUACAGUUUUAACACCUGAAUUUUGGCAUGAUGGUCUAUGAUGCCUCCAUUCAGAUUUUUAAGGUAAUUAUUUAUAUAUUAUUCUGCAAUUUCUCAUUAUCAGGAUUUCAGUUGUUAUAUUGUUCUUAGUACAUCAUGCACAAAAGGUCUUUUGAAUAAACCCCAGUGUUAUUUUUUUUAUUAUUAAUAUUUAAAACAAAACAAAAAAAACAACUGAUUUAACAAGCCAAGAAAUUUAACAUUUCCAUUAAACAUCAAUAAAUGGAAGAUCAUCCAACUGUUAAAAGAGGCUCUGCAAUUCUGCCUUUCUACAAAAUGUAUAAUACAUAGUGAGAUUUACAAAACACACUGAACCGACAUGUGAAGAGUUGCCAUUCAAACUGUGGCACCGGGAUACAGAGGCAGGAUGAAAACCCAUUUAAAAAAAGCCUUUAAUGCAGACUAGAUUUCUGACAGUUGUUCGAGUCUGAGGCGUGAACACGUGACGAGAUGGUGUCUAAAAUUUGUCAAAGGAAACCAUAGGAUGUGUCAAAUUUCAACACCAUGACACUGAUCCAUAUCCGUUCCUGACAGGAUUGGCGAUGUUAUGAAAUGAAGAGGGG